AUGUCCGGGCCCCCGGCCGAGCGGGCCGGCAGCUGUUGGCAGGACCCUCUGGCCAUGGCCCUCAGCCCCCGCCGCCCCCUGGGGCCCCCGGCCCCGACCCGCUGCGGCCGGGAGCGCCCGCUCAGCGUCGUCUACGUGCUCACCCGCGACGGCCGGGCCCCGACGCCCACGGCCCCGUCCCACCCCGACCCCCAUCCCGACCCCGACCCCGACCCCGACCCGUUGCCCCUGCGCUGCCUGCGGGAGGCCUGCGCUCAGCUCCAGGGGCCCCGCGGGGCGCAGCUCCGGGCGCUGCCCUUCGCCACCCUGUCCCUCGGAGACACGGCCGCGCUGGACACCUUCUACAACGCGGACGUGGCCGUGGUGGAGGUGAGUGACUCUCUGCACCAGCCGUCCAUGUUCUACCACCUCGGGGUGCGGGAGAGCUUCAGCAUGACCAACAACGUGCUGCUCUGCGCCCACACCCAUCUGCCCGACCUGCAAGCCCUCAGGGAAGACAUCUUUCAGAAGAACGCAGACUGUGUGGGGGGCUACACCUUCAUCCCUUAUGUGGUGACGAGCCAGGGCCGGGUCCUGUGCGGCGAUGCAGGGGUCAUGAAGGGGCUGGCCGAGCUGUUCCAACCGGGCGUGGGCACGGAAACCUUCCUCACGCCGCUCGUGGGCCGGCUAGCCCGUCUGCUGGAGGCCACGACUACCAACUCCUGCGGCUACUUCCGGGAGACCAUACGGCGGGACAUCCGGCAGGCCCGGGAGCGCUUCAGCGGCGAGCGGCUGAGCCAGGAGCUGGGCCGCCUGCAGCAGCGGCUCGACAGCGUGGAGCUGCUCAGCCCCGACAUCAUCAUGAACCUGCUGCUCUCCUACCGCGACGUCCAGGACUAUGGCGCCAUCAUCACUCUGGUGGAGACGCUACAGGCGCUACCCACCUGCGACGUGGCCGAGCAGCACAACAUUCGCUUCCACUACACCUUCGCCCUCAAUCGGAGGAACUUUCCGGGGGACCGUGAGAAGGCCCUGCGGGUCCUGCUGCCUGUGGUGCAGAGCGGGGACGGGGUGGGGCCCGACCUGUAUUGUCUGUGCGGCCGCAUCUACAAGGACAUGUUCAUCAGCUCUGGCUUCGGCGCCGACGAGCAUCGCGACCAGGCUCGUCACUGGUACCAGAAGGCCUUUGAGACGGAGCCCAGCCUGCACUCGGGCAUCAAUGCCGCAGUCCUGCUCGUGGCCGCCGGACACCAGUUCGAGACCUCGCCCCAGCUCCGACAAAUCGGGGUGAAGUUGAGCUGCCUGCUGGGCCGAAAGGGCAGUGUGGAAAAGAUGCAGUAUUACUGGGACGUGGGCUUCUACCUGGGGGCCCAGAUCCUUGCCAACGAUCCCGCUAAGGUGGCCCAAGCCGCGGAGAAGCUCUACAAACUCAACCCCCCGACCUGGUACGUGGUCUCGGUGAUGGAGACCUUCCUCCUAUACCAGCACUUCCGCCCGCCCCCGCAGCCCGCCGGGCCCCAGCAGCAGAGCUGCGACUUUUGGCUCAACUUCCUACUCACCUCAUGCCAACCCUUUGUCUCCACGGACGAGUGCCCGGUGCUGAUCCUGGAGUUGAACAAGGUGCUGCAGCCGGCCCGGCUGGUGGUCCGGAGCGGGGACCCUGAGGAAGCCGUCGCCCUGAGCCUCGCGGGGCCGGAGGCAGAGGGCCCCAGCUCCAGCUGGAUCUUCCCCACUGCCUCUGUGAGGGGCGUCAGCAUCUCCAAGUGUGAUGAGCGCUGCUGCUUUCUCUACGUCCUUCACGCGGCCCAGGAUUUUCAACUGUAUUUCCCCAGCCGGCAACACUGCCAGUGGUUCUGCGGGCUGAUUCACACCUUCGUGGCCGAGAUGGCGGUGCCCAGCGAGGAGGGAGAGGGCAGCCGGGAGGUGCUGGAGUACGAGUACGAGUUCACGGAGAACGGAGAGCGGCUGGUCUUGGGCAAGGGCACGUACGGCGUCGUGUAUGCGGGGCGAGAUCUCCGCACUCAGGCGCGCAUCGCCAUCAAAGAGAUCCCGGAGCGAGACAGCAGAUUCUCCCAGCCUCUGCACGAGGAGAUCGCGCUGCACAAACGUCUGCGGCACAAGAACAUCGUGCGCUACCUGGGUUCCACCAGCCAGGACGGCUUCCUCAAGAUCUUCAUGGAGGAGGUGCCCGGAGGUAGCCUGUCGUCGCUGCUGAGGUCGGUGUGGGGUCCCCUGCAAGACAACGAGAGCACCAUCAGUUUCUACACGCGCCAGAUCCUGGAGGGCCUGCGAUACCUGCACGACAACCACAUCGUGCACCGCGACAUCAAGGGCGACAACGUGCUGAUCAACACGUACAGCGGACUGCUCAAAAUCUCCGACUUCGGCACCUCGAAGCGGCUGGCGGGCAUCACGCCCUGCACGGAGACCUUCACCGGCACGCUGCAGUACAUGGCGCCCGAGAUCAUCGACCGGGGGCCGAGGGGCUACGGGAAGCCGGCCGACAUCUGGUCCCUGGGCUGCACCCUCAUCGAGAUGGCCACCGGAAGGCCCCCUUUCCACGAGCUGGGCAGCCCCCAGGCCGCUAUGUUCAAGGUUGGCAUGUACAAGAUCCACCCCGCGGUGCCCGGAUCCAUGUCAGACGCCGCCCGGGCCUUCAUCCUGAGAACCUUUGAGCCGGAGCCGGAGCGUCGGGCCAGCGCCGCCGCCCUGCUGGGCGACCCCUUCCUGCAGACCCGGGGCCGGGCCCGCAGUCCCGCCUGCAGCCCGGUCCGCCCGGUCCGUCCCGUCGCCAGCUCAUCCCCGCCACGGGGCGCCCAGGGGGACAGUGCCAAGGGCCCGGCCCCUCCCAAGCGUCCUGCAGAGACAGCUGGGCAAGCCCGGACUCUGCCCUGCCCGCAGCCGCCACCCCGGAGCCAGCCACCGCCCCCCAUGCGCUGCCUUAGCGAGGGAGGCGGCCCGCCAUCCUGCCAGCUGGGGGUGCCCGAGGAUCUGGGCGCAGAGCGGACCCUUAUAGGCGAGGAGAGCAGCCCCCGCCUGUUCUUGCUGCGCAAGGAUAGUGAACGACGAGCCACGCUGGACCAGGUGCUGUGCCAGGAGCUGCCCACUGUGGUGGAGAGUCUGCUGCAGGCUCAGGAGCAGGGCCCUCCCGGCCCCCAGCUCAGCCGGGAGCAGGUGACCCAGCUGGUGAGCUGCCUUCGAGGCUACAUCCGGGCCCCCAGUCGCCGGCAGCUGGCACAGGAGCUGCGGGCGCUACGGGGGCUUCUACGGGCACAGGGCCUCAGCUUGGCCCUGGCCCAGGGCCCGCUCUUUGCUUUCCAGGAUGCAGUGAAGCGGGUACUGCGACGACAUCAGAUCCGCCCCCACUGGAUGUUCGCGCUGGACUCUCUGAUGAGCCGGGCAGUGCAGGCCGCCCUGGCCGUGCUGGUGGCAGAGACCCAGGAAGUGGCGGCCGAGAGCGGCAAUGAGGACGGCGGGCAAAGCCCAGGGCUGCAGGGGGCUUCCCUCAGGAAGGACCAGCCAAGAGUGCCCGAAGGGGCACCCCCUCUGUCUCUGGUGACGCAGCUGAAACACCUGCGAGCGGACACACGCAGGCUUCUGGAGCAGCUGGCGGAGAAGGAGCUCCAGUGCCGAGCUCUGGCCCUUAAGGCCCUGCAGCGGGUCCAGAAGGAAGCUGAGACCCUCGCCCUGGGCUCCGCCCCAGCAGGACCGGCCCACAGCCCCCCGGACCCCAGCCUGGUCCACUGGCUCCAGCAGCUCGGAGUGGACGCGGACACCAUUGAGACGCUGCUGGGUCACAGCUUCACUCUGCAGAGCCUGCUCACCUGUGCCACACGGGAUGACCUCACCUACACCCACAUCAGGGGCGGGAUGGUAUGCCGCAUCUGGAGAGCGAUCGUGGCCCAGCGGGCAGCGCCCGGGCUCCACGCGCCCCGAGAGGCCGAGUGAAGGCAGCGGAUGCACGGGAAGCAGAGAAGCAGGUGGCCCCGUGUGAGUCUUGCUGGGCUCGAUCCUUCUUGCCCCUGCUGUGGGGCACACAGGGCAGCGGUGCUCCCUGGAGCAAGCAGGUUGUCUGAGGAGCUAUCAGCCUGAGCUAGUCUGGCAGCCCCAGGGGCAGGGAGCCCGGAAGCCGUGGGGUGGAGGACCCGGGCCUGUAGGUGGGCAGUGGAGGCUGGCCUACAGGAGGACCUGGGUCAGCAGAAGACAUGGGUGUCAGUGCCAGCUAAGGAUCAUUAAACAUGGGCAUUUUCUA